AUGGCGAGGACCCGUGGAGGAAAAAACACUUUUGUUCCGCCGCGGCGGUCGUUGCGAUUGAAAGACUCUAUUCAAAAAAAAUCUGAAGUCGAGACGGUUGAGAUUCUGUCUGAUACUGAGGCGGAUCGAAUCAAAGAGAUGAAUGAGAAGGAUGGACAUGAGGUGGAUCAAAUCGAGGAGGAGAAUGAGAACGAUGGACCUGAGGCGGAUCAAAUCGAGGAGGAGAAUGAGAACGAUGGACGUGAUGCGGAUCGAAUUGAGGAGGAGAAUGAGAACGAUGGACCUGAGGCGGAUCAAAUCGAAGUGGAGACUGAAAAGGAUGGUCCUGAGGCUGAGCGACUCGUAGAGGAGAACGAGAAGGAUGGACGUGAUGCGGAUCGAAUUGAGGAGGAGAAUGAGAACGAUGGACCUGAGGCGGAUCAAAUCGAAGUGGAGACUGAAAAGGAUGGUCCUGAGGCUGAGCGACUCGUAGAGGAGAACGAGAAGGAUGCUGCAGAUCAAAACAGUAAGGCAUUUACUAAACCUAAACGUAAACAAAAAAGGAAGAAGAUUGCUGAAGAUAUCGAAGAUGAUCGUGAGGCCGUGAGUGGAGAUGAUUGUGAGGUAGUUGGUGAUGAAGACUGUGAUGAGGUUAGAUAUGCAGACGAAGGCAACCGUGACGAAGGUAACCGUGAAGAAGAUCAGGAAAAUCAUAGAUGGAACAUUGUAGAUUCAAAUGUAGAACGAAAUUGCGAGCCAAAUGUAGAUUCUGUAGAAGAUCAUGACGACGGUAAUAUUGGUGUAGAGGAAGAGAACUGUGAUGAUUUUGAAGCUGAAUUUGGACCGGCUGCGAGAGAGGACGAUGGAGACGAGAGUGAUGAUGAUAGUGGAGAUGAUAUAUGGGAUGAGGAGAGGAUAUACGAUGGUGAACAUGCAUGUGUGAGGUCCGGAUUCUCAAAGAUGUCCGGAUUCACACACACACUUCGACGGCAGACCACGUUCACCUACGCCACCGGAUGUGAUAGAACUUGA